GAUCUCUCUCUUUCUCUCUCUGUAACUGCCUGCCGGCGAAGUUCACCGGAUAGAUCCUAUAUUCCGGCGACGGUUGAUUUAGCUCCGGUUGAAUUUAUCUGUAUUAUCAGAGGCUAUAUGACAUCGGGAUCGAGGCUUCCAACAUGGAGGGAGAGAGAGAACAACAAGAGGAGAGAAAGGCGGAGGAGAGCGAUCGCUGCUAAGAUCUAUACUGGAUUGAGGAUGUACGGGAACUAUAAGCUUCCGAAACAUUGCGAUAACAACGAAGUUCUUAAGGCACUUUGUAGAGAAGCUGGAUGGAUCGUCGAAGAAGACGGCACAACUUAUAGAAAGGGAUGUAAACCUGCUGAAAACAUGGACAUAAUAGGUUUAUCAGCAAAUGCAAGUCCAUGUUCAUCAUCAUACCAACCGAGCCCCGCCUCAUCUUCCAUACCGAGCCCAAUCGCAUCCCACUACGCUGCCUAUGCAAAUGGCGACGCCGAUCCAAACUCUCUCAUUCCAUGGCUGAAAAAGCUGUCAUCCGGCUCAUCCUCAAGCUCCUUACACCAACUUCCCAAUCAGUUCUUCAUCCACGGCGGUUCCAUAAGUGCUCCUGUAACUCCCCCGUUAAGCUCUCCAACUGCACGAACUCCGAGAAUGGACACAUGGGCCGAGCAACACUUUGCCUUCCUCCCGUCUUCAACUCCGCAGAGCCCUGGACGACAAACACCUCCUGAUUCGGGGUGGAUGUCGGGGGCUCAGACACCAAUAGACGGGCCGGCCUCUCCGACUAUUAGUCUUGUGUCGUCGAAUCCGUUUGGUUUCAAGGAGGGGAUGUCGGGUGCGGGUUCUCGAAUGUGGACUCCCGGACAGAGUGGGACUUGCUCUCCCGCGGUUGGUGGUGCGGGGUAUGAUAGAAUUAUGGGGGAUGUUAUCAUGUCCGACGAGUUCGCGUUUGGAAAUAACGCAUUCGGGUUGGUUAAUGCGUGGGAAGGUGAGAAAAUACACGAGGAAUGCGGAGCCGAUGAUCUUGAGCUCACGCUUGGCAACUCAAAUACCAGAUAAGAUGAAGUUAUGGUGGGAGAAAUGAUGUUAUGUAUUUAUUUAUUUAUCAUCUUUUUUAAUUUUAUUUUUGUUAGUUUAUAUGAGAGGAGAACCGGUUGUGAUGUAACAUUUACCAUUUGGCUGGAGAGAGAAAUGUAAAUUUUCAGAUUACAAACAAAAAAUUUAAAUUUUAUGCUUUCCAUUAUUCUUUCA